CAACAUGCCGCUUGUUCUAACACCGGGUUCACACCAAACGCGAAUUAAGCGUGUUUCGCUAGUGAAUUACAUACCAAGUCAAUCCAAAGACGCGUAGAGACGCGAACUCGCGGCAAGAGUUUAUCUUUAAGGGUGCGCGUCAAUCUUUCUUCCGCUAAGGUGGAAAAUAUUUCGAUCGCGUCACUAACGCGAAAACAACUAAAGUUUCCCGCGAGUAAUAUAGAGCGUGAACACGAUUGGUCGCCUUUGGUGUGAAUCUAGCAUAAUGGGAUUCCGGUUUGGUCUAAAAAAUUUUUUUUUUAAAUGGUUCUAAUGCGUUUUAUUGUCUCUUGUCGCAUCCGGUGUAGACAUAGUCUUAAAUCAAAACAAACCAACAUGAGUUUGAUUGGAAUGCACACAAUAAAAAAAAUGAUUUUUUUUCUCACUUUGGAACCAAUCUCUUCAUAUUCUGAAUGAAGUAUAAAUCCUGCGUCACAGAGAACGCUGUCGUCGCAGAAAUAAUUCGUCAGAGAAGUCAUUGAAACUCAUGGCCUCGGCACCGCCCCCAAACUUCUCGUGGGUGGAUGCUGGUAAAGUGGCAGGAUUGGCGAUGCCCAGGAUGACCGCUCACUAUCAGUACCUGCUGAACAACGGCAUCAAGCACCUUGUGAUCCUGAGCGAGCGCAAACCUCCAUAUCACGACACCUGUCCAGAUCUGACCCUUCACCAUAUCAAAAUACACGACUUCUGCGCCCCUACGUUUGAUCAGAUUAAGAGAUUCUUGUGCGUAGUGGAGGAGGCCAAUGCAAAAGGACAGGGGGUCGCAGUGCACUGUAUGCAUGGUUUAGGCAGGACGGGGACGAUGCUCGCCUGCUACCUCGUGAAAAGCAGGAAAAUUAGUGGGAUUGAUGCUAUUAAUGAGAUCCGAAGCAUUCGACGAGGAUCCAUCGAGACCAGAGAACAAGAACAAACAGUGGUGCAGUUUUACCAGCAAAAUAAAGUGUAAAAAUAAUACGUUUCUUAAAGGUUCAUUUCAUAAUGUUUAUAAAUAAUGUACUGUAAAGCGGUAAUAUAUAUUUAUAAACUAUGUAACCUUUUGUUUCUCAUUAAAUUAAGAUUCAACAUUGUCUGAAGUUA